UCAAUAGGUCUACAAAAUAGACGAACAGGUUUAACUUUGUCGCAUAUCAAACUGAGUCGUACGACUGAUUCUUACGCACGUUAAACUUUAUUCACGAUUCAACCGCCCCGUACGAUUGACCGGAGUACAACACUACACACGUUGCAUUUAACAUUCAAAGGGUUGAACCAACCAAGAUCCUACGACUUGUAUUUAACAAACUGUAUCGCCAGUGGCCCGUUUUAUGAGGUGGAGAUCCGGAACAAUAAAUCCCAACAAUGAUGUCGAUAAGUUAAUUAAUUGUCAAACUAUCAAUACUUCAUAAAUCAAAUUCCAUAAAAUCAUUAGUUGUCAAUUAAACUGAAAAUAUGAUUAACAAAGGCCACCUAAUCGCUAUAAUGGCAGAUGAAGACACAUGUGUCGGAUUUUUACUAGGCGGAAUCGGGGAGAUAAACGACAGAAGGGAAGUCAAUUAUUUUGUCGUUGAAAAGAGCACAAUAGACACGGACAUUGAGGACAGCUUCAAACGUUUCAUUAAACGGAAAGACAUAGACCUGCUCCUGAUAACGUACGAAGUUGCGGACAGAAUUAAGGACUUAGUAAGGAUACAUCAUAAUUUGAUUGUGCCAGCAAUACUGGAGAUACCGUCGAAAGUGAGACCUUACGAUCCGGAAACCGAUCCAAUUCAUCAGGCGGCACUGCAACACGGUGCUUUGAAGGAAGAAGGAAAGUAAUUGGCAAGAAUAUUUUCCUGGGCAAUUUUAUUUUAAAUAAAUAAAGUUGGUUACUUAGAGUAAUUAAUUCGUUUACAUCAAAAUUAUAUCACACUUUAUAAAACAGCAAACAUUAUUCUUAUUUUUAUAUUAUACUUUUUGUAGUAUUUUGACAUCA